AUGUCUUCGGAAACCUUCUCUCAUCAAGUCCCCAUCAAUGGGACGAUUCAAACAAAAGUUUCGCCCGGAAACCAAACAAAUAUAUACUAUAUUCUGGUUUCAAACCUACCAUGGCAAACGUCUUGGCAGCAGCUAAAAGACCAUGUGCGGACCGUGAGCGCCGUUGAGCGAGUUGAAGUAUUCAACGAGAGUACCUCUGGCUGGGUCUCGGUUCGAGGACGGGAGAACUAUGAUGCCGCUCUUCGUUUGCUUAAUGGGGGUGUCUUCAACGGUCGAGCACUUUUGGCAGAUGGUAAAAAUGCCACAGAGCCUAUUAUGAUCAGAGAACCUGUGGGUGUCUCUGCAACUGGAAAUUCCACCUCAAAAAACACCCAUACGCCGAGGUAUAGAACGCCUCCUUCGACACAAUACUCGGCUAGUACGCCGCCAUUGAUGUCGCCGCUCGCGACAGGGUAUGGGGAGUGGACAUCUCCCACGAAUUCUUCAUCAUACGUAACCACUGCAAUGGAGUGCGCACCUUAUAACAUGUCUGUUGCUAUGCCUUAUGAUUAUAACGAGGCGCCUAACUGCUAUACCUACGACACAUCGACUACUAGCUACUUAGACCAAACAACUAUGGUUUCGUCUCCUACUAUGGUACAAUAUCCUUUUGAGGCAGCUUACUCACAGCAAUAUCAGAUGGGUGAGUAUCACGGAAACGAUUACGCUAUGUAUAGCAAUUUACCCAGCCCGGAAUCUAUAUCAGCCAGACCUAAUGAUUCCUCAAAUGGCAUGGUCCCUACAAAGCAGCGCAAGAUUAUUGUGAAGCAGCUUCAACCUUGGGUCACCUUCAACCAGGUACAAGACCUCAUCCGAAAGAAAGCCGGAUCCGAUGCUGAUAAAAUUCAGCAUGUUGACCUACCACUAACGGAAGGCCAAGAAACAAAUAGAGGCUAUGCCCUCGUCACAUUUCAAAACGAAGAAGUAGCCAAUAAGCUGGUCCGGCGACUUAACGGAUACAAGUGCGACGGUCGUGAAUUAAAGGUCGAUUAUACCAAAGAGGGGGUAUCAGAAAAUGAGACCGUCCACUCUCGGACCUCUGGGCAUAAGGAGAGACGGGAAGACCGAGAGAAAAGGGAGAAGAAGGAAAUUCCUCGGGGGUUGAGUUCCAGCGACAAAAAGAGCAAAUCACAUAAAUCUGGUGUCGUUAUUGCCCACGGGUCUUCCUCAUCGUCUUCAAAAAAGGCAGAUGUGAAGGAGAAGUCAAGCAAGCGACAUUAG